CACCAUAACCUCCGAGUCCUCCAUUAGCGCCGCCGAUCACCGCCAUCGAAAGCUUAACAGAGACUGUUGUGUUCUUCCCGCAAUGCUAAUGGCUUCCCUACCAAAUUCUUCCGUUUUUCUCGUCUUCGCCGUCCUCAUCAUGUUAGGAAUUACGAAUGUUUCGGCUGGCACUUUCACGCUGCACAACGCUUGCACGCAUACGGUGUGGCCCGGAACACUUUCCGGCAACGGCGGAGCCCUUCUCGGCGAGGGUGGUUUCGCAUUGUCCCCCGGAGAAAGCAUCCAGCUUCAAGCCCCGGCGGGGUGGUCGGGCCGGUUCUGGGCAAGGACGGGCUGCAAUUUCGACGCCAAAGGUAACGGCAAGUGCGUCACCGGCGACUGUGGCGGCCUCAAGUGCGCCGGCGGCGGCGUGCCUCCGGUAACUCUAGCCGAGUUCACCAUCGCCAACGGGAACGCCGACAAGGACUUCUACGACGUCAGCCUCGUGGACGGCUACAACGUGGACCUCGGCAUCCACCCUUCCGGCGGCUCCGGCGACUGCCAGUACGCCGGCUGCGUCGCCGACCUCAAUACCAACUGCCCCCAGGUCCUCCAGGUCACCGAUUCCGGCUCCGUCGUCGCCUGCAAGAGCGCCUGCGCCCAGUUCAACACCCCGGAAUAUUGUUGCACCGGCGACCACAACACGCCGGCGACAUGCUCGCCUACUCAGUAUUCCCAGAUUUUCAAGAACGCCUGCCCUAACGCUUACAGUUACGCGCACGAUGAUACUUCCAGCACUUUCACCUGCGCCGGCUCUGAUUACUUCAUCACCUUCUGUCCAAGCAGCUGAUCAACAAGAAACUAUCUUUAUCAUGGGAUUGGGGGGAUUCAACUCUUUAGGAAGAAAGAAAUUAUCUGCAUCAUAGUGAAUGCAUAUCGCUUUAGAACGUUAAUACUUAAUCACUUAAUUAAUGUAUUAAGUUUAAAAUGAUUGAAUAAAUCUUUAUUUCUUCCAUCCA